CAAAAAUUUGUUUUUGAAAUCGAAAGGAAGAAACUUUUGAGAAAAUGGCAGAGAAAGGCAAGAUUUUUGAACAGUUUAGUGUCUCUUUCCAUCUAUUUAUGAACCCUAACUAAAGAGACGAAGACACAAAACUCUGAUUUGGGGGAGAAAAAACAAUGAUGAUGAACACUUGUUCGGAUGAAGUGGUGUCUUCUUCUUUGCGUUCAGAGAUUACUCUUCCGGGUCCGGUGGAGACUUUGUUAGAGAGAAUAUAUGGGAAACACAAGCAUCGUCCGAUCAAAGUGGAGACAAGGCGGAUGCUUUCUUCGAUUUCUGACGAAUUGGCUUUGGAAACCCUCAGGAAAGUUUUCAAUAAGCCUCACUUGGAGGGGAUAGUGGGAAGACUCAUUACUAUCAAUGUCAUGUUGCUCCCGAUGGUAGUUACAAAUUCAAGGGUCAUCUUCUGGAGAACACUGGAACACACCUGCACAACGUUUUGGGUGAUGAUAAUGUUCUAACCGUCAAAUUCGAUGACGUGUCAGGCGUGGAAAUCAAUUGUAAUAACCUUUACUCUACAUACCAAGGGAUUGCUAAGAACGGUAUCAUGGUUGGUUUACGUCGUUAUCAGUUUUUUGUUUUCAAAGAUGGAGGGAAAGAAGGGAAGAAGAAAGAUUUUUCUACAAAGGGAGUUAGAUGCUACUUUAUACGCACGGGCUCUACAGCGUUGAGAGAUAUGGAAAAUCCUUAUAUCCUUGACGGGAUGUCAAUCCAUGAAGCGCGUAUGCGUUUUAUGCAUGUGCAUAAUUUGCCAUCUCCGGCGAACUAUAUGGCACGGUUUUCUCUAAUUCUGUCAAAGACUAAAAAGCUUGAAUUGGACAUGAAUGGGAUUACCUUUGAGAAAAUCGAUGAUAUACACUGCCUUGAUCAAGAUAAUAAUGAUGUUCUUGAUAAGAAUGGGAAACCAUUUAUACAUUCAGAUGGAACUGGCUACAUCUCUGAGGACCUUGCUCGGAUGUGUCCAAUUAUUUGUAAAGGGAAAUCUGUUAGAAGUAACAAUGUUCAGGGACCCUGUGGCGAAGACCCGCCUCUGCUGAUCCAGUUUCGGAUGUUUUAUAAAGGCUAUGCUGUUAAGGGAACUUUUCUCUCAAACAAGAAACUUCCUCCUCAGACUGUCCAGGUUCGACCUUCUAUGAUCAAGGUGUAUGAAGAUGAGACCUUGUUAAAUUUAGUACCUUUAACUCCCUGGAGGUAGUCAAUACAAGUAAUCCACCAAAAAUGACGAGGCUGUCAAGAAAUUUGAUUGCACUGCUUAGUUAUGGAGGAGUCCCUGAUGACUUCUUUUUGAAUAUAUUGC